GAGAGGAGGCGGGGGGCAGGAGAAGCGGAGACGACUUUACACAGCAACAGGGAGCGGGAGCAGGAGGAGGAUCUCAUCUUCUGAGUCGACUUUGCUGGCGCCACUAACUUGGAGGUCUCCCGGUUCCGCUGCGUGACUCCGUGAGACUCGUGAGGGACCGCGCGAGCCUCUCCGUCGAGCUGCCCCCCACCGCUCCUCUGUCGAGAGUCCGAGUGCCAAGGGGGCAUACCAAGAGGCGACCGAUGGCGUCGACGCUGGACCGAUACUGCGGCUCCACUUUCUGGAACUCAUCGCUGCUGGAGACGGAGACGCCCGACCUCACGGUGUGCUUCGAGCAGACGGUGCUCGUCUGGGCCCCGCUGUCGCUGCUCUGGCUGCUGGCGGCUCCCAUCCAGCUGGCGAAUCUGUGGGGCGUGCCGAGCGUGACACGGCCUGUCCAGCCGCGGCGAUUCAGCUUCCUGUACAUCGCCAAGCAGGUCACGUUGGUGCUGCUCUUCGUGGCCGCGGUGGCGGCACUGGGCAUCACCCUGUCGGAGGACUUCGGGCCGAUGUGCGACCCAAAGCCGUGCGACGUCUCGGCCCCCAUGCUCUACGUGAACCCGUGCCUCUACAUGCUCACCUGGCUGCUUCUGCUGGUGCUGGGCGAGGUGGCGCGUCGCCGUGGUGGUGGCGGCGGUGGCGGCGGUGGCCUCCUCUUCCUCUUCUGGCUGCUGCUCGUCCUGUGCGGGGCGCUGCCCCUGCAGACGCUGGUGCGGCAGCUCCUGGCGGGGGUCGCUGGCGGCGGGGAGCGCCACUGGGUCUUCUUCGUCUCCUUCGGCCUCCAGGUCCACGCCCUCGUCCUGUUGGCCUUCGCCGACUCGGCCAGCGAGCCCGAGGAGACCAAGCCCUGCCAAUUUGGACCGUUCCGACUGUAA